ACAAGUGUAAAUCUGUCUCUUAAAUUGACCCUGGCUCCCCACACCGUCACUUUCAGUGAAAUCUUCUUCCCCAACCUCUUUACUCCACACGCUCAAUUCCAGAGGACACCACGAUGGGGUUCCUAGACCGCUUCAAGGGCGACCAAACGCCCUCGCCUGCACACUCGCGCAACGCAGAUGUGGAAAAAGAAAAGAAGCCAAUCGUAGCGAAGAUGGGGAUUGGGCAGCGAUUCAGGCCGCAUAUCAUCUUCAUGGCUGUGCUCGUUUCAAUGGGCGGCUUCAUAUUUGGUUACGAUACCGGACAAAUCUCCGGCUUCUUGGAGAUGCCAGACUUCCUCGAGAAAUUUCACGACACGACAAAGGACGGAAAGCCAGCUUUCAGUAACUCGCGCAGCGGUACUAUUGUCGGCUUGCUGUCAAUCGGCACUCUCAUAGGCGCACUGAUUGCUGCUCCAGUUUCGGACAAGUUUGGCCGGAAAUGGUCCAUCGUUUUCUGGAACAUGAUCUUCUGCAUUGGCGUCAUUGUUCAGAUCUCGACUGUCAACAAGUGGUACCAGAUAGUUAUCGGUCGAUGGGUUGCCGGACUGGGAGUAGGUGGUUUGUCAGUGCUUACUCCGAUGUAUCAAAGCGAGACGGCACCUAGAUACGUUCGUGGAGCUCUUGUCAGCUGCUAUCAGUUGUUCAUCACCUUGGGUAUCUUCACCGCAAAUUGCAUCAACUUUGGAACAGAAAAAGAUCAAAGUGCCCGCGCGUGGCGCCUUCCCAUAGGCAUCGGAUUCAUCUGGCCUACAAUCAUGAUAAUUGGCAUGUUCUUCAUGCAAGAAAGCCCGAGAUGGGAUUACCGCCAAGGAAACCAUGAGAGCGCGCGUGCAACAGUAGCGCGUAGUUACGGCUUUCCAAUAGACCACCCAGAUGUAAAUCGGGAGAUUCGCGAGAUCAAGGAGAAGUUAGAUGCCGAGAGUGGCGCAGACCAUCCCUGGUACGAGAUCUUCACAGGCCCCAGGAUGCUCUACCGCACUUUGCUGGGAUGUGUUCUACAGAUGUUACAGCAGCUGACUGGUGCAAAUUUCUUCUUCUAUUACGGGACUAGCAUAUUUGCCUCGAUCGGACUCUCGAACAGCUACGUUACUGCUAUCAUCUUGUCAGGCGUCAAUUUUGGAACCACGUUCCCCGGUCUGUAUAUCGUCGAAAAAUACGGUCGUCGACCCUCUUUGAUCGUAGGCGGGCUCUGGAUGUUUAUGUGCUUCAUGGUAUUUGCCUCUCUCGGUCACUUCGCUCUCAACCAAAACACGCCUGAGGACACACCAGAUAUUGGGUAUGUUAUGAUCGUGUUUGCUUGUCUGUUCAUCGCUGGCUUCGCCAUGACCUGGGGACCAAUCAUUUGGGCGCUCGUUGGAGAGAUCUACCCCUCGAGAUAUCGUGCGAAGUGCAUGGCCCUCGCUACCGCUUCGAACUGGAUCUGGAACUUCCUCAUCAGCUUCUUCACUCCGUACAUUACGGGCGCCAUCGAUUUCCGUUACGGGUACAUUUUUGCAGCGUGCUGCUUCACAGGAGCCGCGGUCGUCUAUUUCUUCGUUUGUGAGUCUCAAAGCCGCACCCUGGAGGAAAUUGACACGAUGUAUGUGCUCGGCGUAAACCCUAUCAAGAGCAAGUACUGGCAACCUCCGGAAGGAGAGGAACUUCCGACCACCGAUAACCUCUACCUCACCAAAGGAGGGAGAGGUAUCAAGAAGCGGAAGGAAGCUGGCGUACCACCGUCGGACGAGAGGCAGGAGAGCGUAGGAGUAUCGACAGGAGGGGUCUUUGAAGCUUCCGGUGCGAGGCAGUAGAGCUGGUUCAAAAUUCUGCC